CUCUGCGAACCUCUAAUACAUGCCACAACUACCUGUUCGCACGUUCGCCAGUGCUAACCCUAACUAACCCUAACAUAACGCACGCUCUCCUUCUCCUUCCUCUGCCUCUAUUGUACUACUGUUCCCGGGGUCUAAUUCACGUAAUUUCAACAACUCAUUUCGCCAGUAAACAUGCAGAAGGCUCAGGAAUACGACUGGAAGGAUUCGAACCUCGCUCUCUUUGGUUCGGAUGUCGAUAAGGGAGUGAAGAAGGCGUCUGCUGAGACAGAACCAGCCUGGGAAGGAGCAGGACAGGGUGUCGGCAUCCAGAUCUGGCGUAUUGUCAAAUUCAAGGUACAACAUUGGGAUAAAGAUCAAUAUGGAAGCUUCUACGAUGGAGAUUCCUAUAUCAUCCUCAACACAUACAAAAAUCCAGGCGAGGAAGAUCUAGAACACGACCUUCAUUUUUGGAUCGGAAAGAAUUCUACCCAGGAUGAGUAUGGUACAGCAGCCUACAAGACAGUUGAACUGGACACACUCUUGGAUGAUAAGCCCGUUCAGCAUCGCGAAGUCCAGGGGCAUGAGAGUUCUCUAUUUAAGGGCUACUUCAAAAAAUUCGAGACCAUGGCUGGUGGCGCCGACACCGGUUUCAGGAGGGUUGGGCCCAAGGAAUACAAGACCCGUCUUAUGCACUUCCACGGCGAUAAGAAGAGUGUGCAAGUGAAAGAGGUGGACCUCUCCAAACAGUCCCUGGAUUCGAACGACGUGUACAUCCUGGACGCCGGACUCAAACUGUACCUAUGGCUCGGUAGAGACUGCAACAAGGAUGAGAAAUUUAGGGCUAUACAGUACAUACAAUCCAUAAAGGGCGAGCGAGGGAGGGCUGAAUCGGAAACACUGGAUGAGGACGAUUUAUCGCCUAAACAUGAAUUCUACGACCGGCUUCCUGACACCGAGGUUAUUAGGGAGGUUGCUGAGGAUGACGAUAGCCAGGUUGCUGUCCACAGAUUGAGCGAUGAGAGCGGACGAAUGGAAUUCGCUGUGGUCGCAGAGGGCGAGCUUCCGCGAGCAUGUCUCGAAAGUGCGGAUGUGUUCAUUGUUGACAACAAACUGCAUUGCUUCGUCUGGGUGGGGAAGGACGCCUCCAUCGACGAGAGGAGAAAUGCAAUGACCUAUGCACAUAAAUACCUAAUGAAGACCAAGCACCCGCUCAUUCCAGUUUCGGUCGUAGCAGAAGGCAAGGAGACAAAAGAAUUCAAUGAGGCCAUGCAGUAAACAUCAACAUACACAAGAAGAAGAGCGUACCGUUGUUCAGUAUCUCAUUAACUAUACCAUGAGGUCUGUAUUCUUCUAAUUCACUUAAGUCCGACCAUAGAUCUAAAGACACGUUUAGCAAAAGAAACUUAGACCUCGGACUUAACUUUCUUUGUUAAACACGAUUUUGAUCACAACCCUAAAACCAAGUGUCUGGUUUAAAUGUUACUAGAAUACGGGCCUACUGUUGCGUUUAUUGCUCAAUUGCAAGACAGAAUCAGUCUUUUGAAACACAUUUAUAAAAGAUAGUUUUGAAACUUUAGCUCUUUUUCAAGAAAAAUUAGCGCUUUCCCCUGGAUUCGCACACAACACUGCGCCUGUUAUUUUCAGGCGAACCAGAAGCGCGUUUCUUUAACGUCAUAUGAACGCGUUUACAAACGAUGGUGAGUUUUUGAAACGCACCUUGAGCAAAAUGUAUGUUAUUAAUAUAAUGGGAAUACGAUAUCAGUAAAAAGGUAAGCUCUGUUCCCCAUUCUUAAAUUGGUGGUAGAAUGUUUUGACCAGAAAUAGGGAAUUACAAACUGACAAUGAAAAAGUAAAAAUCAAAUACAAUCAGAUUUCGAACAAAUAUAAUUAUGCAACAGAAUUACGUAAUAAUCGAAAAAGUGAUUCAUUUUUGUAUUAAAUAGAGGUGCUCCAACUUAUAUACACGUAUAUAGAAUGUUUUGCAUAAAGAAUGUUUUGCAUAUCCAUACAUGCGUGUAUAAAUAAUAUUUUGUGUACAAGAAUAAUUUUUUAUCUAUAAGAAUUUCGAAAUGUUAUAGAGUUGUAGACUUUCGCCAUGUUCAUAUCUCUUGUAG